AUGAAAUAUGAUGUGCUUCUUCCGAGUCGGCGACAGAUCAGACUCCUAACAUUACAAGCCUCCAGGAUAUUCAAAGACCCCAUUCAGUGCAGCCUCCACACAGUCUCUCUCGAGGAUGAGCCAGAGUUCUGGGCUCUUUCAUAUGUCUGGGGAAAUCCAUCUGUUACCGUGAAGAUUACGGUUGAUGGCUCUCCAGUUGAAGCAACAACCAAUCUUGCUUCCGCUCUGCGCCAUAUCAGACGUGCAUUCGGUCAGGUCGUUAUAUGGGUCGAUGCAGUCUGCAUCAACCAGAAAGAUGACGAGGAGAGAGGCAAGCAAGUCCAGAUGAUGGGCACUAUCUACACAAAAGCCGCCAAGGUUAUCGGAUGGCUCGGUCCGGAGGCAGACAACAGCCAUCUCGCACUAGCCACCCUCCGAGGGAUUGCCAGAGCGAAGAUGGACUACAUCCUGAGCAUGUGUGCCGCUGGGCGCUGGGACGACGUCGCACAGGCAACCAGCGCCGACGCCGAACGGAACCAUCUAGGCUGGCUAAGAGAGGCGCCGCAACUAGGCCCGAAGUUCUGGUGGGGUGGGAAUCUGCGGUCAGUCGGUCUGCUUAUCAAGAGGGGAGACUGGAAACAUCUGGCGUGGACGUUGUACCCCAAGUUCGCCGUGCUAUCCCCGGCAUGGAAAGCUAUCAGGCACUUCUUUCAGCGCGACUACUGGAUCCGUAUGUGGAUUCUACAAGAGUUUGCUCUGGCUACAAAUCUUGUCCUGAUGUGCGGCCACGAUAUCCUCGAACCCGAAGCAAUCGAGUCGCUUUCACCGAUGCUGAAUACUCUGCAUCUCUGCGAACUCGGACAACAUCCGAAGUGGAUGGACAGCGGCGCCUUCAGUGCUUUUAGUAAUGACACCACUUGGAAGCCCGCCUACAUGACCGUGAUGCUCCGCAGCCAGCCUGACACGGAUCGGCAGCUCCGGCACCUUGUGGCAGACUUCCAGGUCCUUGAGGCCACCAACCCACGAGACCGAAUCUAUGCGCUGCUUGGCCUCGCUGUUGACACGAUCGAGCCAAAAUACGGUAGAUCCGUCGUCGAGGUGUAUUCGGAGUUCGCGGCGAAGUGGAUAAUGGAGGAUAGGGACACCAGCAUUUUGGCGCAUGCUGAGCUCAGCGGUUAUAGAGAGCGCAAGCUUUCCAAGCAAAGACCAGAUCUGCCCUCAUGGGUGCCGGAUUGGGAGUCUGCAGCAGGAGAAAUGGGUAAACUGUUCCGCUUUGGAUCCAGGCUACAACACGGCAAAGGUUCCAUGGAUGAACUAGAACGGUAUCGCGCCUCGCUGGAUCGACCGUGUACAUGGCGCGUGUCAGAUGAUGGCAAAGUUCUUUUCGCUCCGGGGCUCCAUUUUGAUGUCAUCAGUUCUCUGGGGCCAGAUCUGUCUCUCGGUGGAAGGGACAGGUUCCGGGAGUAUUUCCUCCAGUACUCACAGUUCGGCGACAGGAACUACCCCACUGGAAUAUCUAAAGCUGAGGCUCUCUUCCGCCUUUACCUGCUAGACGUGGACCUUUUCACACACGAGCGCCUCGACUGUCGCUCCCGUACCUACGCCCAACUGGCCUAUGGAUUCGUGUACGGGAUCAUCGCGCAAUCCGAUGCGGAGCCGACAUUGAGCCAAGUAGAGGCCGCGGUUGCAUUAGCCACGGAGCUCUCGGCUUUGUACCUAGAGGACGCCCUGGAAGGUGCAGCCGUUUACACAACAAUGUUUGCCACACUCUUGGGUACUACCGGCAGACUUGACGCCGCGCACGAUGCCGCACGAGAAACUUUACAACUAGAUCUCGUGAACUCUUCGAAGGAUGCGGAUAGCCUCCUCAAGAUGCAGCACGGCAUGAUAGGCUGGAUCAAUCGUCGAAGCGUCUUCCAGACGGAGAAGGGCUAUUUGGGCAUUGGUCCGCAGGAAAUGCAGUCUGGAGACGUUGUCACCGUGCUGGAGGGUUGCAACAUGCCUGCGGUACUGCGACGGGUAGAUUCGGACUACGUCUUUCUUGGACUCUGCUUCGUCUUAGGCUUGAUGGACGGUGAGGGUUUCUCGAUGCUGGAAGAGGGGGGAGCCGUGGCGGAAGAAUUCGCCAUUCGAUGA